AUGUUGCAGUUGGUGUGAAGGCAAGCUCAGAGGAGCUCAACAUGUACGGCAGCAGCCCUAACUCUAUGACUGCAAAUGGCAGUGACAGUAAGAAACAGCGUCUGGAUGAAUCACCUCCCUCCAGAGUUCUCCACAUCAGGAAACUUCCCAAUGAAGUGUCAGAGACUGAAGUCAUUGCUUUGGGGCUGCCCUUCGGAAAGGUCACCAAUAUACUGAUGCUGAAGGGAAAAAACCAGGCAUUUUUGGAGUUGGGUACAGAGGAAGCAGCCAUUACCAUGGUGAACUACUACACAGCUGUCACACCACAGGUUAGAAACACCCCUGUCUUCAUCCAGUACUCCAACCAUAAGGAACUGAAAACAGACUCUGCUCUGAACCAGAGAGCCCAGGCAGUGCUGCAGGCGGUGUCAGCAGUCCAGGAUGGAAGCUCUCCGUCAUCUGACCCCGGAGUUCUGGACCUAGCUCCACCCCCCAGCCCUGUGCUGCGAAUCAUCAUCGACAACAUGUUUUAUCCUGUGACACUGGACGUUCUGCAACAGAUCUUCAGUAAGUUCGGGACCGUGAUGAAGAUUAUCACCUUCACCAAGAACAACCAGUUUCAGGCUCUUCUGCAGUUCAGCGACCCCGUCAACGCACAGCAAGCUAAACUGUCUUUAGACGGACAGAACAUCUAUAAUUCAUGCUGUACUCUGAGGAUAGAUUUCAGUAAACUGGUCAACCUCAACGUCAAAUACAACAACGAUAAGAGUCGAGAUUACACCAGACCCGACCUUCCCACCGGAGAUGGAGACUCAACCAACAAGGAUCAUUCAUUAUUGGGUACCCCAUCUGGAGCGCUAGCUUCCUACUCUAGUGGAGGAGGUUACUCAUCUUCUCUCUCCCUCUCCCAGGGUGGAGGAGCCAUCAGUCCCCUGAGCGCUGCAGCGGCGGCCGCAGCAGCUGCCGGUCGCGUGGCUCUCUCCGGAUCCGGAGUGUCAGGAGUCCUGCUGGCAUCCAACCUAAAUGAAGAGAUGGUCACGCCUCAAAGUCUCUUUACCCUCUUCGGAGUCUAUGGUGAUGUGCAGAGGGUGAAGAUCCUCUACAAUAAAAAGGACAGCGCUCUGAUCCAGCUGUCAGAUGGAAACCAGGCUCAGCUCGCUAUGAGCCACCUGAACGGUCAGAAGGUGUUUGGUAAAGUGAUGAGAGUGACUCUGUCUAAACAUCAAACUGUGGCUCUGCCCAGAGAAGGACUGGAUGACCAGCUUCUAACUAAAGAUUUUUCUGGUUCACCGCUCCAUCGCUUUAAGAAGCCAGGAUCCAAAAACUUCCAGAACAUCUUUCCUCCUUCUUCAACUCUUCACCUCUCCAACAUCCGGGAUGGAAUCGGAGAGGAGGAUCUACGUGUUUUGUUCUCUAACGGUGGAGCAACCGUAAAGGCCUUCAAGUUCUUCCAGUAA